CCUCUCGCAUCCGAUGGCUGUCUCUAGGUGAUUUAGUGCCGCCAGUCUCGAGCAGCUGUCCAACAUGGCGAUCACGGGAAACGGAUCUCUCACUAUUUCUCUCUCUGUUUUCGUGAUUUCAGCAGCGUUUCUUCUAAAAGGAGCCGCUGAGACCUUGUCAGUUGAAGGUCAAAACCUGGGGACUGAUAAUGUAUCAGUGAUUGAGGGAGAGAUGGCGACCAUCAGCUGCAGGGUGAAGAACAAUGAUGACUCAGUCAUCCAGCUCCUCAACCCCAACAGGCAGACCAUCUACUUCAGAGACGUCAGACCCCUGAAGGACAGCCGGUUCCAGCUGGUGAAUUUCUCCGACAACGAGCUGCGGGUGUCUCUGUCCAACGUGUCACUGUCAGAUGAGGGACGCUAUGUGUGCCAGCUCUACACAGACCCUCCUCAGGAGGCCUACGCAGACAUCACUGUGCUGGUCCCACCAGGCAGUCCAAUCAUGGAUUCCCAAGAGGAUGUGGUCAGUGAGGGGAACGAGACAGAGCUCACCUGUACAGCCAUGGGCAGCAAGCCUGCCGCCUCCAUCAGAUGGAUGAAAGGAGAGCAGGAGCUGACAGGCAAGAUGACGGUGGAUGAGACCUACGACGGGAUGUUCACAGUCACCAGUAGACUGAGACUCACCGUGUCCAAGGAGGACGACGGAGCGCCAGUCAGCUGCAUCAUCGACCACCCAGCCGUGAAGGACCUCCGGGCACAGAGAUACCUGGAAGUGCUAUAUCAACCAGAAGUGAAGAUUGUUCAGGCAUUCCCUGAAGGUUUAACAAGAGAGGGAGAGAAUCUAGAGCUGACGUGCAUAGCAAAAGGCAAACCACAGCCCCAUCAGAUCAGCUGGCUCAGAGUGGAUGAUGAUGUGCCGUCUCACACCGUGAUCACCGGCUCUGACCUCUUCAUCGAAAACCUCAACAAGUCGUACAACGGCACGUACCGCUGUGUGGCCUCCAACGCCGUGGGAGAGGCCUACGAUGACUACAUCCUCUUUGUAUACGACUCCAGAGCUGGCGAGGGGGCGCCACAGAAGAUAGACCACGCUGUCAUCGGAGGCGUGGUUGCCGUGGUGAUGUUCGCUAUCCUCUGUGCACUCAUUGUCCUGGGGCGCUACUUCGCCAGACACAAAGGCACCUACUUCACACAUGAAGCCAAAGGGGCAGACGACGCAGCAGAUGCAGACACGGCCAUCAUUAAUGGAGGGGGACACAACAACACAGAAGAGAAGAAGGAGUACUACAUCUAAUGAUGAGAGGCCAGGGGGGUAUUAUGGUGGGGGGUCCUGUAGGAGCACUAUAUCUAACUCUGAAUGGGCCGGAGG